AUGAUAGAUAGAAACAAUAGAUUGCUAGAAGAUUUCAAUAGAUUGCUAGAAGAUUUCAAUAGAUUGCUAGAAGAUUUCAAGAAAUUGCAGCCUCUAUGUGCGAAACAAAACUUCAAAACUCCAUUUGAGAAUCAAGAUAUUGACAAUUCCGUAUUUUGUUUGGUUGUUGAAUCAUUAAUUGACCUAAUAUACGAAUCACCAAAGUUUGCAAUAGAUGUUAUAUUUGACUGCGAUAUCCUAAAAUGUGUGGUUAGUUACUUGUCAUAUCUAACUUCUACGAAUCCACAAGAAUGUAGGGAAAUCAAAGACCUUUGCAGGCUUAUUGAGAGAGUCACCGAGGAAAUCGAAACUCAAGAUGAUCAAAAACUUAAGAUUUUAGAGGACUGGAAAUUUUUUGAACAGGUUUGGAGAUUUUGUGAAGUGGCGACUGAUGAAUGGGUACUCAAUGAAGUGAAAAGAAGAGUGAUUGGUCUCUUUCCACGGUCUCCAACAAAAAGAUUAGAAAUCGUGGAGAAAUCGCCAAUAUUCAUAGAGUAUAUACUCCCGAGAAUCCAGAAGCAAUCAAAGUACCUGAGUGAGGAAGUCCGACAAUUGGAAUUUUCGUUGCAGUGCUGUGGUAUGAUUUUUCAAGCGAUGACAAGUCAUCAAACAAUAUAUUUAACACAAUGUCUCAAGAUCAUGGAUUCUGUCAAUCAACUAUUAAUCCUGACUGAUGAGGAGGAUAUUUUGGUGGCUGUUUUCAAAUACUUCACGCUUUUCUUUGAUUUAAAAGUGCAAGAAGUCAAAUCACACUUGGAACAUGGAACUGAUGUCUUGCAACGAUGCUUAGACUUGGUGUACGAUGAUUCAAGGCUGAUAAAGGUGAAGAGUCGAGCAGCCAAUCUUGUGGUCUAUCUUGCAGUUAUUCAUAACAUUAAUGCUCUAGAAUCAUCGGAGCUUGAAAAUUUUCGUUGCCGAUGCCAGAAUCUUCUUUUACAAACCCCAGAUCUCAAGCUACAAGAUGCCGGGUAUCUUAUCAUGGGAGCCAGCAAUGUGGUCUUCACCAUUAAUUUUGACUCCAAAGAAUUCUAUGAGAUCGUUGAUAAGAUUGUGCAAGUAGUUGAUGCUGAAGAUGAUUUUUCUGAGAGUAUCCAAGCGGAUCCUAUGGCCAUUAGGGGCUAUGUUGCUAGUUUGUUGAUGUUGAUGAAAAGUCAGUGGCUGCAAAAAGAUCAGAUCUCGCUGGAGGUGUUUAAAUCCACUGUUGGUUAUUUGGAAGGGGCGAUAAGAUUGUUCAGAAAGGCAAAUAUCAAGUACCAGCUUCCGGUAUUCAUCAGGACGUUCUCAUCAAUGAUUGCCGAAGGAGCUGUGAAAAAUGAGCGGCUUUUGGUGGAAGGAUGUUAUGAUUCUGUGGCAAUAGCAUUCAUUUAUAAGUUUACGGAAAGGUUGCAGGCAAUCCCAAAUAAACAAAUGACUAAAGAAGAGAUCAGGAACUUGAGCGUGGGAGUGGCAAUGUUUCGGUCGAUUAUUGAGAUGUACAACACAUAUUAUGAAACUACAAAUAACGACGCGAUGGAUACUAUUGGUAGAUAUUUAUCUGACAAGAAAGUUCUCUUGAAACUUUUGCCAUCGCAUUGUGAUAAUGAUGCUUACCAAUUGUUGGCUGAUCUUUACCUGUCGUUUAACAUGGUUACCACAUUGGAUUUCAACCCUGAACUAUAUGACCACCUUGUGGAUUUAUUGAGCAGGGAUCUGCCAGAGCUUGUUGAUUUGUCUCUCAGUGUUCUAAUCCACCAUUUAUCACUUUCAACAGCAGCAGGAUAUGCUCUUGGGCAUCGAGAUUUGCUAUGCAACUUAUAUUCAAUGUGCCAAUCUACAGAGGAUAAGGAUGACAUAAUUAGGAGGAAGGCAUACAAGUGUUUGGUAGCUCUCGCAGCACAAAUUCCUAGAAACCGGCAGUUGUUAAAGGUGAUGUUAGAAACCGAUAUCGUUGAAGCAGUAGUCACCCCAAUCAUUAUCCAGGAUGAGGGAAAUCCGAAAAAUUAUGGAGAUUUUCGAGCCUCGGCAUUGAGCUUGCUUUGUUGUCUUACCAGUGACUAUGAAUUACAUGGUAAAAUUAUCGAAUCAGGGUUGGUCAAAAAGAUUUUAUUGAAUUUUCUGGUGAAUGAGGAUCUUUUAGUAUCUAAGAGCGUAAUUCUGAUCCUUAAUAAUCUUGUGAUGAUCCCAAGGAAUGGAAACCACCCUGUUGAGGCGGUCAUUGAUUACUUCUUGAGCGAUUGCAAUAUUUUGCAACAAAUUGAUUCGAUUUCCAUUGGCUUGCAAUCUCCUGAGAUUGAUUGUAACGCGAAUAAACAAUUGACGGUUCAUUUUCUUCAAUGGGUAACGACAAUGAUGGCUUCUUCUGCUUUAUUCAAGGAAUCAAUUCGGGAAUCCCACCCUUUAUUUGAAAACUUUUUAGGGCUAACUCAAGAUAUUUUUUCAGGGAUAUCCAACGACAUUGAAAAAGAGGAAGAAUUUUAUACGCAAUGUGCUGCGACGUUUGGUCAAUUGCUUGAUAAUAAAAUCAUUCCGGACUAUCAGUCGAUGGUGGCUGCUCAAAAAGUCUAUAAUGUUACCAACAUGCCACUGGUCCAAAUCUUGUCGUUUGCAUUAUACCGUUAUUUUCUCCUUGGGAUGUUAUUUGUGAUAGUCAAAAUCCUUUGGUGGAACAUACGGAAUUUUAGUUUUAAGGGAGUGUUCAAAAUAUUUGCGUGGAUCUUGUUUGCGGUAUUGGAAUUAUCGGUUAUUGGGACUGUCAGGCAAGCCUCGGAAUCUUUGGGGAUCCUUGUUGCGUGGAUUAUGCUCAUCAUCACCCGAUGGGCUACAGGACUUUCGUCAAUAGCCACUUGGCUCUGGGGAUUGAUUAUGUUUGGUGUUGUGUAUUUCAUCACGAUGAUCACUGCCACAGUUGGUUGA